AUGGCUGUCGCAAGACCCAUCCGGAUGCUGGCUGCAUCAUGCAUCAUCCUCGUCCUCUUCCUCAUCUUCCAAAUGAACAAAACACCCACCUUGAUCAGUAAGGGGUCGUCGUCAUCAUCAACACCAUACGAGGGUAUCACCUCCGAUCCUCUCAAAGAUCCAACUGGCGAGCCAGAGGGUAAAUUGUGGCGUGUGACCGACGGCGACUAUAGUCCCGGCAAUUCGAAAUCUCCCCGUACCAACGCGGCCCUCAUCUCUCUUGUCCGAAAUGAAGAACUCCACGAAUUGAUCCCGACCAUUCGCGAUCUUGAACGCACCUGGAAUAGCAAAUUCAAUUAUCCCUGGAUUUUCUUCAACGACCAGCCCUUCACCGAAGAAUUCAAGAAGCUGACGCAGGCGGAAACCAAGGCAAAAUGCUACUACGAGCAAGUGCCGAAGGAACACUGGGAGGUCCCUGAGUGGAUCGAUAUGGACCUAUUCCGCGAGUCCGCCGAAGUGUUGAAGGAGAAGGGAAUUCAGUACAGUGACAAGAUCUCGUAUCACCAGAUGUGCCGCUGGAACAGCGGCUUGUUCUACCAACACCCCGCCCUCCAGAAAUAUCGGUACUACUGGCGUGUUGAACCCAAGGUCAAGUUCUUUUGCGACGUUGACUACGACGUCUUCCGCUACAUGGAGGAUCGGAACCUCACCUACGGCUUCACGAUCAACCUUUUCGAUGCUCCCGAGAGUAUACCAUCGCUCUGGCCCGAGACCAAGAAGUUCCUCGCUGCAAACCCGACCUACCUGAACAAGAACAAUAUGAUGAACUGGCUCACCGAUGAUCAGCUCCGACCCGAGCACACGGAGGCUGCCAAUGGAUACUCGACCUGCCACUUCUGGUCCAACUUCGAAAUUGGCGAUAUGGAGUUUUUCAGAGGCGAGCAGUACUCUGCCUACUUUGAGCACCUGGACCGGGCGGGUGGCUUUUACUACGAGCGCUGGGGUGAUGCUCCGGUGCAUUCUAUCGGCCUGGGUCUCUUCGCCGAUAAGAAUAAGGUCCAUUGGUUCCGAGACAUCGGUUACAACCACAUCCCCUAUUACAACUGCCCCACCUCCCCCAAGUGUUCCGGCUGCACCCCGGCCAAGUUCUACGCCGGUGAGCCCUGGCUGGCCAAGGAGGAUUGCCGACCCAGCUAUUUUCAGCAUGUCGGAACCCACUAG